AGGCUAACACAAUAUAGCCUAGCUGAGGUUAAAAUCCGUAGAGCAAACUUUUCAUUGGCCACACAAACAUGACAUCGAUACCGGACAGACUGUCUUCCUGUAGCCCUUCCAGUUCGACAGCAUUUUGUCCAGUGAGUCAUGAACCGCGUAUUUACGCAACAUCUGUCGAGGACCGUCGCUGGGAACAUUGACACGUUCCUCAUGUGUAGUCGUGUAGAGAACAUUUCGGUGUGUGAGUGAUGAUGGAUGAGGACGCGUACAUCGUGGAGUGUCCAGUGUGCUAUGAGAGUUUUUCAGACGCGGCUCGCACGCUGAGUUGCGGUCACUCGUUUUGCCAUGACUGCCUGGUCGGGACCUUUAUGGGCUCAAGCAGGGACGGAGCUAUCACCAGAGACACCAUCGUCUGUCCCGUGUGUAGACAUGUUACUUUCGUUACCAAACUUCAGGGACUUGGCGGAGAGAAGGAAAAACACGCGAAGGUGUUGGAGGUGCCGCUUCGGUUCACUGGGCCCCCAGUGUCUGCUCCGAGGUCCUACGGUAGCCGCUGCCGGCGGCUGGGACGCUGUUUGAGAUGGAUUUCGUCCAGAAUGAGCCGCCAGAGACUGGUGUAUCCUAAAGACUCCUCGCAGGUAUUCAUCAUCAGCGAUCUGGGACGCCCUUUGGCUGAGGAAGAUAUUACUGAUGUCGGGAUAAGUGCAGUGAUUCGUGAGAACAGCACUGAUCAUGGCUGUACACUGUGCACAACGUCACACUGCCUGCUGUUUCUUUUAAUCAUUUUCACUGUACUGGCUUUGAUAGCCGCAACGCUGCCUUGGGUUUUUCUAGCAUAAGUAUUAUUGUCUUUUGGAGACUUUAUUGUCUUGUGAUGGCAUGUAUGCUAUGAGAUCGGAUGUGUGAACCUUUCAGCACAUUUCAUUGCAUUGUAUUUCGUACUGGUAUCCCUAAAACGGGACACAAUGGGCUGCUUUGUUGCCAAAGAACUGUUGAUCCCAUAGCUGAUAAAACACACCGAGUUGUGCUGAACUGCACCUCGAGCACAUCUGCUUCUAAAUUAUUCAUAUGAAAAAGGAUCAAGGCGAGCAAAAGAAGACAAGCCUGACAGGCGGGUUGUUGCUUUGUAAGGGGAGAUGUUUAUUGGAUAAAGUUUCAUCUUUUUUAAAUGUAGGGAGGUGUAGGUGUGCUUUGAUACCGCCCGCAUACCUUCUCCUUCUUCUUCUUCUUCUUCUUCUUUUUUUUUUACUUUUUAGACACACCCUUGUUCUUCAAGCACUUCUUGUCACACAGGUUAGAAAAUGACAUUUCUUUCCUUCAUGACUUGCACUGGACUCUUUCUGGUAUAUUGCUUUUUAUUUGAGAUCUCGGUAACAUUUACAAAUGCCCUUUAUAAGCAACAUAUAAUCUUUGACAAAACAGCAUGUAUAUUUGAAUAAAAAAAAAAAAAAACCCAGUCAGACCAGAAAUAUUACAAAUGUAGAGUUUAAUAUAGAUAUCUAUAUCUGACAUUCUGAUCAGGAUUGCGGUAGGCUUCACAGUACACACUGUGUUGUUCCACUGAUAUGCUAAGCUGAGGGGAUAGGAGGGGGAGGGAGGGGAGUGACAUACAGGCAAAGUUUGUACAGAAGUUGUGAUUGCAGGGGAGAGGCUGUACAUCAAUGGACACUGUGCACUUAUACAUAAAUCCAUGACACAUCGUUAACCAGCUGUUCACACACUUGCUAUUUUUCACCCUCUCCCCAGUUUACGCAUAACAUUUAAGAGUCUUAAAAGAAAUCGAAGAAACAGGAAUCAUGAAUUAUCUGAACAGACUAAGUGCAUGCAUUGCAUUGUCACAUCCACUUUCUGUAAUGUCAACAGACGGCUUUCGGGGGUACAAACAUAUAAUGGCUAUAUAUGUUAAGCAUGUCUGGCUCUUGUCUCUUGUGUUAUUUUUAAAAUUUUUUAUUUAAUUCACUGAAGUAUAUUAUAACUGAACUAAGGACCUGUGAAACAUGAAUGUGGUGAACCUAACCUUGCACAGCAGCACCUGAAUUCACAAAUAAGCUAUAUUCCUUAAUAAAGGAGGAGCGCAGAUAAAUGAAAUCA